CACACAAAAAAACCUCCCCACGAGGAAGCCACGUUGUUCUUUGAUUCGCACCACCGCUCCUGCUUUUUCUCACAGUUGUCUUGUCUUCUUUUGUUCUCACACGCAAACUACACUCACUCUCUUUCCUCUUUCGGUUGUCACUGAGAACUGAGAACUGAGAAGAGGUGAUCGAAGAAGCCCUCAAACAAAAAACACUCUCUUGUUUACCCUCAAAUAAAAAUGGGAUCUGGAGCAGGGAAUUUCCUUAAGGUGCUUCUCAGAAACUUCGAUGUCCUUGCUGGGCCUGUCAUUAGUCUUGUUUAUCCUCUAUAUGCUUCAAUUAGGGCAAUUGAGAGCAAGUCUCCUGUUGAUGAUCAACAGUGGCUCACUUACUGGGUUCUCUACUCUUUAAUGACUCUCUUUGAACUUACUUUUGCUAAAGUCCUUGAAUGGAUUCCAAUAUGGCCUUAUGCGAAGUUGAUUGUAACCUGCUGGUUGGUCCUUCCUUACUUUAAAGGUGCUGCUUAUGUUUAUGAGCAUUAUGUAAGACCUUUCUAUGUCAAUCCUCAGACCGUUAAUAUCUGGUACGUUCCAAGGAAAAAGGACACCUUGGGUAAGCCAGAUGAUAUUCUAACUGCUGCAGAGAAGUACAUCCAAGAGAAUGGAACACAAGAAUUUGAGAAUCUGAUCCAUAGGGCUGAUAAAUCAAGAAGUGGUGGCGGUUAUUAUACAAUGUAUGAUGAGACUUAUUGAGUGCAAUCAUGUAGUUUCUGACUUUCUGUCUUUGUGGAUAAGGGGAUGCAUGUACAUGUUACCAUGUUUCUUAGAUUUUGUUUUCCUUCUCGGAGGAGAUACUUUAACUUUUUUUUCCGACCCUUUAUUGAGUUCUUGUCUUCCUCUAACUAUCUUCGGAUUAGUCAUCUAUGUUUUGUAUAAUGGUUAUGACGCACAUGGUAUAUAGAUAGUGUUAGUACAACUGCAGAAACUUGUUGAUUUUUCUUUUUAUAUCCCCAUUAGGUUUUGGUAUAAUGCAAUGAUGUUGUGCCACAUUUGAUCCCGUGAUAAUUUUCUGGAACU